UGGGGGGUGGAGAAGGCUGUGCUAAUAAGGUGGAGAUUGGGAAGGAAGAAAAUCCCUUUCCAGGCAUUUCUGAAAGCUUUUCCCUCUCUGCUUAAUCACUGCACACUGCUCUCCGAAGCUGUCCACUCCAGAAAGCGUCAGGCAAAUAGGUCUUGUCUUCUCCUUCACCAAUGCCUGAAUCCAAGACUUGGGCUUUUGUCCCACUCCAGCAGAAUACUGUGUAACUCCUUUUUCACUGCCAGCUUUAACUAACACAAUCUGUGCUGAGCAACUUUUGCACAAACAACUUUCUGGCUCUUGCUGGCCAUGACGGUGGGAAAAGCUAAAUAAAGGUGAGGCCGACAGUUUCCUGCCCCUUGGAUCUAAUAACAUUUACGGCGAAGGUGCCCUGUGAAACAAAACAGCCCAGCGGGAUGGAUUUCGGAAGCAUGAUGAACCAGGCUGCCACACCUUGCAUGCCUGCCAGCAAUCAUGAGCCGCCAUCCAGUGAGGAGAGCCCUGCGAAGCAUGUAGACACUCCGGUAUUUGCUAGAUCACCCAGACUUAUUCAAGCAAGACGAAAACCAUCAAGGAGCUUGAGCCUCAAUCCAGCCAUGGAGGACACUUGUGACCUAGACCUGGUGUAUGUCACAGAACGGAUCAUAGCUGUCAACUUUUCAAGUUCUUCAGAGGAGCAGAUAUUUUGCAGCAACCUGAAGGAGGUGGCACAAAUGCUAAAAUCAAAACAUGGGGACAACUACUUGCUUUUUAACCUGUCAGAGAGAAGGCGUGACAUCAGCAAGCUCCACUCCAGGGUGCUGGAUUUUGGAUGGCCUGACUUGUACACACCUGCACUGGAGAAAAUAUGCAGCAUCUGCAAGGCUAUGGAUACGUGGCUCAAUGCUGAUCCACACAAUGUGGUGGUGCUCCACAAUAAGGGGAACAGAGGCCGAACAGGGGUUGUUAUUGCUGCCUACAUGCACUACAGCAACAUUUCAGCCAGUGCGGACCAAGCUCUGGACCGGUUUGCCAUGAAGAGAUUCUAUGAAGACAAGGUGAUCCCAGUAGGGCAGCCAUCACAGAAGAGAUAUGUCCAUUACUUCAGUGGUCUGCUGACUGGCGCUAUCAAAAUGAACAACAAACCCCUUUUUCUACAUCAUGUCAUCAUGCAUGGAAUUCCCAACUUUGAGUCUCAAGGAGGCUGUCGGCCCUUCCUCAAGAUAUACCAGGCUAUGCAACUUGUCUACACAUCUGGAAUCUACCAUGUUCAGGGAGACAGCCAGACCAGCAUCUGUAUCACUAUAGAGCCUGGACUACUCUUAAAAGGAGAUAUUUUGCUGAAAUGCUAUCACAAAGAGUUCCGCAGCCCCACACGGGAUGUAAUCUUCCGCGUCCAGUUCCACACAUGUGCCAUUCAUGACCUGGCCAUUGUCUUCAAUAAGGAGGACCUGGAUGAUGCCUCUAAAGAUGAGCGGUUUCCAGAGUAUGGGAAGGUGGAAUUUGUGUUCUCCUAUGGUCCUGAGAAGAUUCAAGGCAUGGAACAUCUUGAGAAUGGCCCCAGUGUCUCAGUGGACUACAACACCUCAGAUCCACUCAUCCGCAGGGAUUCCUGUGAAAACUUCAACAUGCUCCAUGAAGACAGUAUGGAGGAGGUUGGGCACACCCAAGGGCCACUGGAUGGCAGCCUCUAUGCCAAGGUGAAGAAGAAAGACUCACUCCACGGCAGCACUGGCACUGUGAACACCAACCGUAUUGCUCUCUCGGCUGCUGCCAACCAUAUUGAGCACACGCUCUCAGUCAGCAGUGACUCGGGCAACUCCACUGCUUCCACCAAGACAGACAAGACGGAUGAGCAGGCAGCACCUGCAGUCCCCGGCAGUAGUGGAGGGAGCAAUCCUAUACUGACUCCUGAAGAGAAGCGGGAGCUGGAGAGCUUGCUCAGUGGCUUUGGCUUGGAAAACGAAGGUGCCAUGCAUAACCACAACCCCAGUGUAGGCGCCGUGGUUUCCUCUCCUGCAUCUGGGCGCCACAUAGUGCCUGCUCAGGUGCAUGUCAAUGGGGAGGCUGCUAGCUUGGUGGCAGAGAGGGAGACUGACAUAUUGGACGAUGAGUUACCCAACCAGGAUGGGCACAGCGUGGGUAGCCUGGGUACCCUCUCAUCUUUUGAUGGUACCACAAACACUAGUGACAUGGGCUACCAUGAGGCGCCCCGGAUGGAAAGCCUCUCUUCCUUGCCCAACGGUUCAUCCAACUUCAAUGGUAUAGACAAGCUGCAUGAUUCAGAGACUGUUAUCAAUGGUGGCUAUCCUUACAAUAAUCAGAACACCUUGCGGAGCAUGAUGGGGCGUCAUCCCCAGGAUCCAUAUGGCCACAUCCGGCCUUCUGUGUCUGCCCAAGACAAUUUGGCUGACUACUAUCAGCAUGGCUUCCCCACUCCUGCCUGGCUUCAACCCCAGCCACCAGCUUCCAGCCAGCAGUACCCCUAUGGCUAUGACCCAAAUGGCAUAUACCGCUCACAGUCCUUCCCCACGGCUACUGCUGAGACGCCUCAACUCCCUCAGGCACCAGCCCGGAGCACAAGUAGCCGAGAAGCUGUCCAGAGAGGACUUAAUUCUUGGCAGCAGCAAACAGGAGGUAGCAGGCCACCAUCUCGUCAGCAAGAUGGUGCCCAAGACAGCAAAAGCCCCAGCAUUUCCAGUGCAAGCCCUCAGCCCAGUCCUUCACAAACAGCUGCCUCUCAAAGCAUCAGCAUCCCCGAAUUUCCUAGAGUGGCCUCCCAGAAAGAGAUAGAGCAGUCAAUUGAAGCUCUCAACAUGCUCAUGCUUGACCUGGAUCCCUCUGCCUCGGUAAUGCACAAAUCCCAGAGCGUCCCAGUGGCCUCCAGAGAAGACAAGCCACACCCGGUGGUGCUUUCCAUGUCUGCCCAGCCUGUGACUGGUCCUCAAGUGGUGCAACCAAAGUCUACCAAUGCUUUUGGUCCCAUUCUAGGGAGCCCUUCGCACAACUCUGUAGGCACCGCUGUGUCCCCACUGCCUGAACCAGCACCCAAAGCUCAUCCCACAAGACUGUUUCUUCACAAUGUUGGAGAGCCAGAGUUCACAGCCCAGGAUUACAGAGAGGCCCACUCACCCUAUGGCUAUCAGAACCAACAGCCAGCUGUCACACAAACCAAAGGUUAUGGUCAGAGUGCAGGAAGCCCUCCUACCUCUCCCAGACCUCAUGCAAUGGCGUACAAGCUCAUGGAAGGGCAGCAUCCCCUCCUGACCUCUCCCCCAUCCCCUGGGAUGACGAUUCAAGCCCAGGUGCCAGGAAAGGGUGCAGAGAGUCAUGAAGAACCUGCCCGGCUUUCAGGGGAAGAACCUCUGCACCUGGAAGGUUUGGUGGCCCAGAGGAUAGCAGAAUACAACGCCAAACUCCGGGACAUCCGGAAGAGCAUAAAAAGCCCCCCUCCUCCUCUUCACCGACAACGAUCCUUCUCCUUUUCCGGAGUGCAGUCCCCACGGGAGAAGUCUCCCGAAGAAACCGAAGCCCCUGUCCGGAGACGUACUACCAGUGAGGGCCAGUAUGAGAACAGUCCCCAGGACCCAAGCUCACCACGAAGCCCUACUGUCCGAUCUCCAGUUCACUGUGUCUCACCUGAGGUGGUCAACACCAUUGCUGCCAACCCUGGAGGAAGGCCCAAAGAGCCUCAUCUCCACAGCUAUAAGGAGGCUUUUGAAGAGAUGCAAGGGACCCCUCCAAGCAGCCCACCUUCCAGCGGUGGUGAGACCUCCCCCCCAACCCCCGCCUUCCCUGUCUCACCACAAACCCCUUACAGUAACCUGUUGCGCUCUCCACCAGGACUGGCCAAAACUCCACUUUCAGCUUUGGGCUUAAAACCUCACAACCCAGCUGAGAUUUUGUUGCAGCAUUCUGGAGAACUAGAUGGGGAGACAAUAGUUGAAUCUGAUGAAGAGCCCCGGAGCUACGUGGAAUCGGUGGCCCGUUCGGCAGCAGGUGGAGGUGGAAGCAGCGCCUUUGGGAAGCCUCAGACAGCCCCAGCUCCCCAGGCCUACAACAUUGAGGCACCAGGGAAGAGUGGAUCUUUUGCCAACUCCUUCACCUCUCCAAGCCCUGUUGCUUCCAGCAGCCCCAUGCACAGCACCGAUGGGAUCUCCAUAGGCAGCUACCCAUCAGAGAAUAGCACCAGCGUAGCCGUACCGUCUCAGAACUCUGCCGAGUCCAGCUUCCAGUCUACUAACCUUUCUCAGGGGCCGUCGCCACACAGCAGCUACCAAAAUACAUCUUUGUCCACUCAGGGUCUCCCAACCUCUAUGAAUCCUGACUUCCCAGAUGGCCAAAGCAGCACCCAACAAGAAAGCCACCCAAGGUCUCAAGUCAUUGCAGGUGGGGUCCAUGUCAUGCCAGGGAGCCCCCACUCUCUCCACAGAACAGUAGCCACAAAUACUCCUCCUAGCCCAGGAGUUGGGCGAAGAGCUGUCAAUACCAACAUUGUGGCCACCCCAGGAAGCCCAGGUAUGAGCAGACAUUUAAUGGGUCUGCACAGCAACCUUGUUGCACCACCUGGGAGUCCAAACCUUUCUCGGCAUCAGCCUGUAAUCGGAGGCAGUAUGACGAUGGUCUCUGGAAGUCCCAACUUGGAUCGUCACAUAUAUGGUUACUCAACUCCAGAGGAGAAGCGUCCAACCCUGUCCCGCCAAAGCAGUGCCUCAGGUUAUCAAGCUCCCUCUACCCCAUCUUUUCCUGUCUCCCCAGCUUACUAUCCUGGAGUAAGCAGCCCACAUUCUUCUUCCCCUGACUCAGCAAUCUACAGGCAGGGCAGCCCCACUCCACCCCAACCACAGCUUCCAGAGAAAAGAAGGAUGUCGACAGGGGACCGGUCAAACAGCCUGCCUAACUAUGCCACGGUGAAUGGCAAGACCUCAUCACCCAUCUCCAGUGGCAUGUCUAGUCCCAGCAGUGGGAGUGGCAUGGCCUUUCAUCAUACUCUGCCAGAUUUCUCCAAAUUCUCCAUGCCAGACAGCAGCCCCGAGACCAGAGCUAAUGUGAAGUUUGUCCAGGAUACCUCCAAGUACUGGUACAAGCCAGAGAUUUCCAGGGAGCAAGCCAUUGCAUUGCUGAAGGAUAAAGAACCUGGUGCUUUUAUCAUUCGGGACAGCCACUCCUUCCGGGGAGCCUAUGGACUGGCCAUGAAAGUUGCUUCUCCACCUCCUGGUGUUGUGCAACAGAGCAAGAAAGGAGAUAUCACCAAUGAGCUAGUAAGACACUUCCUGAUUGAAACCAGCCCUAAAGGUGUGAAACUAAAAGGAUGUCCCAAUGAGCCGAAUUUUGGUUGCCUAUCUGCUCUGGUGUACCAACACUCCAUCAUGCCUCUGGCCUUGCCCUGCAAGCUGGUCAUUCCUGAUCGAGAUCCCAUGGAUGAAACAAAAGAGACAACCUCAUCUAGCAACUCAGCAACUGACUUGCUCAAGCAAGGAGCAGCCUGCAAUGUCCUCUUUAUUAACUCAGUGGAAAUGGAAUCCUUAACUGGGCCACAGGCCAUCGCCAAAGCCAUCACUGAGACGCUGGCUGCAGAUGCUCCACCUUCUGCUACUAUUGUCCACUUUAAAGUUUCAACACAAGGAAUCACCUUAACAGACAACCAGAGGAAGUUAUUCUUCAGACGACAUUAUCCCAUCAGCACUGUCACUUUCUGUGAUGUGGAUCCACAGGAGAGAAAGUGGACUAAGUCAGAGAGUGGUGGGUCUGCAAAGCUCUUCGGCUUUGUGGCAAGGAAGCAAGGCAGUACAACGGAUAACGUCUGUCACCUCUUUGCUGAGCUGGACCCUGAUCAGCCAGCGGAUGCCAUUGUCAACUUUGUUUCCAGAGUUAUGUUUGGCUCCUCUCAGAAGAGAUGAACUGAUGCCUUCCCCCAGCAGGGGGCUUCUUGCCCUUGAAUUUUGAAGAAGGACUUGGAGUUGUUCCGAGAGGGAGUGCGAGGAAGUGCAUUGUGAGCGAGGGAAGUGAACCAAGGGGCAGAAGGAGGGGGAAAGGUCUGAAUUGUUGGAGGCUCAACCUAACCCAAUGUAUGUACAAAGCAAAAAACAAACAAACAAACAAACCAAGGAACUCAUGCCACCGCCUUUCCUUGUCUGGAUUAAGAAGUGGAGACAGUUUGAGCUUUUGGAUCAGCAUGAAAGCAGAGAAUUCAGCCCCACAGGCCAAAGCACGGAUCUUAUUAACCUACGUGGGGUAGGACUAUAUAGUAGUUGCUUGUUUAGAAAAUAAGGCAAACACAAAUUUAAUCAUGAAUAUGUGAGCUGCAGGAAUCCCAUUGAAAGAUAUGCCAAACAAGCCGUCCUUGGUACCUGUUUGUGAAAGUAAUUGCUCCCAACUCUUUAACUGCUGAAUGUAUGAAGUGUGUGUGUGUGUGUGUGUGUGUGUGUGUGUGUGUGUGUCUGCACGCACGUGCAUGCAUGUGAGUCUGUGUAUGUGUAGUGCACACAUGUUUUAAUGUGUACCUGUGGAUAACUGUAGUGUUAGGGUCAUGCAUCUCCUGAAUGUUGAGAGUUGGUUAUUCAGAAUUUUUAUCUGUUUAUACCUGACGUCUGUCCUUCUUCCAAGGACAUAGGCCUCCAUCACUCCAGCUAUGGGGAAAGCUUCCUGAUCAGUUAUUAGUAUUGUGAGAUCUAUCAUAGAGUCUUACACACAUGUGCGCCCAUGCACACACACACACACACACGUAUGUAUGUCUGUGUUCAUAUACUCAUGGACAUAACAACUGUGCACAAGAGUUGCAGACUGGGUAAUCUUUCUCUAGCUAACAGUAGGAGCAUGCUAGCCAAAUCAAAAUAAUAUCUUCUGGUCUCCAUGCAUGGAGGUCCACAGUAGGUCAUUUCAACAGAAAACCUCCCUCAGGACAACACUGUCCCUAAAAUAUUAAAAUACCAGCAGUUUGAGAAUGCCAUUCCUUUUGCAGGUCAAGUAAAAGCCCUGCCUGGGUUUAUUCCCUUCUCCUUUGGGAGACAUGCAUGCGGAUUUGUACAAAGCAUGGAAAUUAUUCAUUAGCACCAAAAAAAUAAAAAUAUGAUUGGGGAAAGAGGAAAGGGGUGGGAAGAUUUUGUAGGGAUAAUCCUCAAAAAGACUCAGGUUGGUAUCUGGCUCAAGUGCAGCCAAAGGAGAUCCAACCAGCAGGGGCUGUAAUUGGAUGUUCCAUGUUUAGUAAGUAGAAAAAUUAAUCUAUUCUCUUGCUUCGUUGAACUUUGCUUUUGCUAAUACUGGUGGCACCAAGCAUCAGACAUUGUGCUGAUCUGCUAGCCCACAGUUGGCAAUGUUCUCCUUGAUUUACAUUGGUUGUGGAAAGGAAGGCAGUUCCUCUGCCUUGCACAUUUCUUUGGGCUGAAGAGCAAUUGUACAUCAAUUUCCACAGCAAAUGAGGUAGUGUUGUGCCAGGAGAAGAAGUGUGCCUUUCUCUGCUUGGCAUCUCCAACUAGUUCUUUUACUAGCAUGACUUCUGGCAUUCCUUAUGGAGCCACAUAAUCACUGUCUGUUAACCAGUGGCUCUGGGUAUCUUUGUCAAGAUGAGGCUGAAUCUUCAGGAGAUGUUUGCUUGGCCAAUGGAGGGAUCCAUUACAUGGUCUUCCUGUUGCAUGGUGGCAUUUUUCUCAUCAUCCUCUCAGGCAUCUGCAAUUGGCAAAUCCCAGACACAAACUCUCGUACUAAACAGACAAAGAGCUGUCCCCACAUAUCAAAUCCUAUGGGUUUAUUGUGAAUUCUUCAAUCUCUACUUAAAAUAGAGUCAAGGUCCCUGCUUAUUGCCUUGCCCCAUGAACUGGUCCAACAGGGACUAGGCAAGGACCUCUAAAAAGACAGUAUAGAUGGCAGCAGCAUGAGUUAAUGAGAAGAAGUAUUUGGUCUGUAAGACUUAUGCAUCCUCUCUUGGUAACACUGUGUGGGACUCAUAACAGACUUUUUGGGUGGGUGGGCUUUACAGCACCUCUACUCAUUAAGAACCAGUAAUGAAAAAAACAACAUCUCCCUUAAAUGUUUCCUUGGCUUUAAAAAAAUAUAUACUGAACCUGAACUAGUGGAGAGGAUGCUCUUUAGAGAUCUUCUCUGUGUGUUGAUGGGACUUGUAAGUCAUGCAACAUGCACUACAACUCAACCCACAAAUGCCAAGUCAUGCUGUUACCUAAAUUCCCCUAGAGAGUGUGGCUCUCUCAUUGCCUUGAUAUAAUAUAUUUAUAUAUAUAUGUAUGUAUGUAUGUAUGAAAUAUACUAAUAAUGUAAGUUAGUCAAAAAAAUUUAAAAGUGAAAUUUACACAAAAAGUAUUUAUUUUUUUUGCCAUAUCUCUUUCAUCUAUCCUUUAUUUCCUCCAGUAUUUGCAGCCCUACUCCCCUUCCCCUACAAUGUUAAGAAUUUCUUAUAUGUCUAGCUUAGGGGAAAGCGAUUAGUAUUCCUUACGUGGGCAAGGUAUCAAAAAGUGACGGCAACCCUGCAUUCUACCCAAGCCCCCUAAUUUUGUUUUGUUCUUGUGUGACAGGGCAAGGGAAACUGUAUGGCCUUUCUCAUAGCCAUCAACACACUGUUGAACAGUCUGCCUGAGCAACUGAGCAUGUAUGAAUUGGUACACUGUUGUGACAGAUGGGAGGGUCAGGGGUGUGUGUACGUGUGAAAGUGUGUGGAGAGAGACUAAUUUCUGGAUACUGUAUAAAGCAUGAGAUUUGCAUCGGAGAGCUAUGGCUGAGACAGGCGCUUGGAUGGAGUGGGAGCAUCAGGUUUUGGGGUCAUUGCCCAGGCUUUGUGCUUCAUCGAUAACCAGAUAGGAUGCCAGAGUUUGUGAAUGCUUAUUCUUUAUGUAGGUUACAAAUAUUUCCUUCCUUCUGAGAAAUUCAAGCAAGAUGAUCCCCCUGCCCCUUCUUGCCUGCAACUGUCUCACCCUGCCAUUAAUCAAUUAGCGAAACACUGUGUCUAUAGAUAUAUAAAUAUUAUAAAUAUACAUAUAUAUAUAUUUUUCGAAAGUCUCUAUUUUUCAGACUUCAUUCUUUUCCACUACUUUCAAACAUUUGCAGUCCCCCACCUCCACUUUUCACCUUCAACAUUUGCUGUCCUGCCACUAUUUUGUCAUUCAUUUUGUUUUGCCAUUCAGAAGUAAGCUUGUUAUAAGCAUCUAAUGGUAAUAUAUAAAUAAAUAUUAUCAUGGCAAACCCAUGCAUGUCAGCAGAGUAUCAGCUUCGUGCCAUGGACUGCUCACUAACUCACUCACUGAAGAUGAUAAUUUCAAGAUUCUUCUUCUUAAACAUCCUUGCUGAUUUUUUUUCCUCAUUUGUUUUAAAGGCAAAGCAAAUCACAUUAUGUAACUCACUGCUUCCCCAGCUUAUAUUCUAGACAAAAGCUGCAUUUUAAGAAUAACUGUUGUACGUAUCAUCACAGUGUUACCUAGGUCAGAUUCUCAGAUUCUCCAGUGUGGUUCUGAAUAUGGGGUUCACAAAAUAUAUGAGAGGCAGAGCACCCAGAGAGGCACAAACAAGGGCUGGAGAAGGGAGUAUUGAGAGCUCUCCACGGCAGAACCCGCAGUUUCUCUAUAUAUCUUGACUGGGUUUCCAAAGUGUGAAAUUACCUUUCCCUUCUUUCCCUCAACCAUCAAUAGUGCCUCUCCAGUUAUGUUUAAGAUCACAGAGAGAGAGAGAGAGAUUUAGCAUCUCAAGUCAGUCCAUUUUUAUGGACUGCCAAUACAAUUGUAACAGGAGUGGAACAUCCUUGGAUACAUGGGAACUGAGCAAAGAAAUCCAUUUUUAAAUUAUGUCACUUUUUUGGGGGGGGCAGGAAACAGUCCCCUCUUUCCCCUUUUCUGUCAUCUAUCUUUUAAACUGUUUGUCAAAACUAUGUUCCUGUCCAUUGUGAUCUGACUAGCGGUGUGCAGCCUUGGGCCCCCAAAUGUUCUUGGGCUAAAACUCCCCAAAGCCUUUGCCACUAGCUAUGCUGGUCAGGAGUGCUAGGAGUUGUAGCCGAAGAGCAUCUGGGGACCCACGGUUGAGAACCAUUGGCCUAAAUAUUUGUCUAUAAUGUGAGAAAGUGACUGGCUUGGUGAAUCACUGUUAGGAUGUCUCUCUCACACACACACCUCUUAAAUCACACUCACAGUCUCCAUAGAUAAGAGAGGCUGUUUUGUGACACAGAUGUACUUGAGAGGUGGAGGAGAGGGUCUAGAUCCCAUUUAGCUUGCCUUCUGUUGAAUCCAAAUGUGGAAGGAGCCACUAGAAUUUCCAAACAAAUUGAUGGCCUUUGUGGAUUAUUUCUUCAAAGAGCACAAGAUUCUUCCAUUGGAGACACAUUACCUUAUUUCGAAUGCUUGGGACUGAGAUCUAAUGUAAUUUUUAUCUCAUGUAUGCUAUGUAAUAAUGUUACUAUUUCAAUAGAUGGUGUUAUAUUUUAAUGCACAUGCAUACCAAUGCCCUCCACCAUGCUCAAAUAACUGCAUAAUCUUGCCAAAGAUACCUGUUUGAAAUGCACUUUCCUCUUCUUGUUGGUUGUA